AUGGACCCGCUCGUGCCAACCAUCCUCAUCCCGGCUUCGGCCGCCGUGGGCGUGCUGUUCGCAGUCAUCUUAUGGCAGCGGGUCAGCAAGAUCCAGAUGACGGGUGGCAGCGUGUUCCGCAGCGGCGACCGGGCAUACCUGCUCGAGGAGGAGCAGCGGGGCGACGACGAGGUGAUCCAGAAGGCGGCGGACAUCCAGGAUGCAAUCAGCGAGGGCGCCAACUCGUUCCUUUUUACCGAGUACAAGUACCUGGGCGUGUUCAUGCGCGGCUCGCGGCGCGACGGCGCGGCGCCAAGCUUCCCGCUGCGCCGCGAAGCUCGCCGUUUGCCCCUCUUUUCUCGUCAAGCUUGA